AGAAUGGACAGAAAAUGUGGGAAAUACGUAGUGAAUACUGAACACUCUGGAAACCAGCCGAUGAGUAUUGGUGGCACCACCGUGCCAUUCCCGAACCUUAGAAACGAUGAAGCUCAGAGUUCAGCCUGUAAGUUUGCAACAUCAAUUGAUGUAACUGGUGAUGCUGGUCCCAAUUUAACUGACAUCUGCACCAACAGAGGGACCCUUGGACUUUCAGAAUUUCCAAACAGAGAAUCCCAACGUUGUCAGGUGACACGAAAUUUCUUUAGUGACUGGUCUCUGUGGAAAAUAUUCCUGGCUUGUCUCUUAGCUUCUGUGAUAACAAUGGCAAUUGGAGUACUCAUAGUGUCUCUGCUGUAUAAUGGGAAAAAUAAUAAUGCCCCCAUUGUUAUACAACUUACUCAAAACCAGGGGGCAAUCUCAUUGACAACUGAAACAACCUCAACUACUAGUUCCGAAACUAUAGUUGCGACUGGCACAAUAGAUUCUACCACAAUAUCCACUUCCAGUACCAUGACUACUAUCACUGAGCACACUUCAACAGAACUUACAAGUAUACCAACCACUGAUUCCACAGAAACCACAAUUGCAACAGCUGCCACUUCAACUGAAAACACGAUCACAAAUAUAGCCAGCACUACCACUGAGGAUACGACCAAAACAGCCACCACUGCUUCCACCACUUCUACUGAGACCACGACUACCACAGUGGCCACCACCACACCUCAACCAACUACCACAACAACGGCCAGCACUACCACUGAAGCUGAAACCACAACAGACACCACUGAUUCUCCCACUUCUACUGAGACCACGACUACCACAGUGGCCACCACCACACCUCAACCAACUACCACGACAACGGCCAGCACUACCACUGAGGCUGCAACCACAACAGACACCACUGAUUCUCCCCCUUCUACUGAGCCUACGACUAGCACAGUGGCCACCACCACACCUCAACCAACUACCAUGACAACAGCCUUCACUACCACUGAGGCUGCAACCACAACAGACACCACUGAUUCUCCCACUUCUACUGAGACCACGACUACCACAGUGGCCACCACCACACCUCAACCAGCUACCAUGACAACGGCCUUCACUACCACUGAGGCUGCAACCACAACAGACACAACUGAUUCUCCCACUUCUACUGAGACCACGACUACCACAGUGGCCACCACCACACCUCAACCAACUACCACAACGAUGGCCGGCACUACCACUGAGGCUGCAACCACAACAGACACAACUGAUUCUCCCCCUUCUACUGAGCCUACGACUACCACAGUGGCCACCACCGCACCUCAACCAACUACCACAACAACGGCCUUCACUACCACUGAGGCUGCAACCACAACAGACACAACUGAUUCUCCCCCUUCUACUGCGACUACGACUACCACAGUGGCCACCACCACACCUCAACCAACUACCACGAGAACAGCCGGCACUACCACUGAAGCUGCAACCACAACAGACACAACUGAUUAUCCCACUUCUACUGACACCACGACUACCACAGUGGCCACGACCACACCUCAACCAACUACCACAAUAACGGCCAGCACUACCACUGAGGCUGCAACCACAACAGACACAACUGAUUCUCCCCCUUCUACUGAGCCUACGACUACCACAGUGGCCACCACCACACCUCAAGCAACUACCACAACAACGGCCAGCACUACCACUGAGGCUGAAACCACAACAGACACAACUGAUUAUCCCACUUCUACUUAGACUACAACUA